AUGGCCCGAGCAGCAGCAGCUACAACAGCAAGCUACCAGCUGCAGAUCCAGCUCUGGGCAGGAUUCAAAGCCCAAAGUCAGCUCCACUCCAUCACACCAACUUCACCUGGUCGGUUGUCGGUGCUCGUAGCAGGAGAGGGAGCCCUGAAUGGUUUGAAUCCCCCCCUGCCCCUCAUCACCAGUCAGUCAGGAGACCCGGCAGCAGCAGCAGCUCUGCAGCCAGCUGAGGAGGUCGGGAUGCAGACCAGUGCAACGACCACGACGCCUUUUUCGGUGAAGGAUAUCUUAAAGCUGGAGCACCACAACGACUUUGAAAAUGAAUUCCUGAUGACUGAGCAGGUUUUUCAGAUGAAUUAUGAGCACGGAGGGAGCAGGGACGUUUGUGAAUGCGUCUCUGGGAGGCAGGAGAAGCUCCACAUUAACAAUCCAGCUGCAGAAGAGGAGAACCAUGAGCAGGAGAUAAACUGUGACAAACAGCCCAGCAGAACCAACAGAACCAUCAGAACCAUCAGACCCCCGGCCAGGCCCCGCAGGCCCCGGGUGCUGUUCUCUCAGGCCCAGGUGUCUCAGCUGGAGACCCGCUUCAGGCAGCAGCGUUACCUGUCCGGCCCGGAGAGAGAGCACCUGUCCCGGCUGCUCUCACUCUCCUCCACGCAGGUGAAGAUCUGGUUUCAGAACAGGAGGUACAAAUGCAAACGCCAACAGCAGGACACGUCUCUGUGUCCGUCUGCAGCCAGGAGGGUUCUGGUGCCGGUGCUGGUGCGGGACGGGUCCCGUCCGGCUCCUUAUGACGUGACUCUCGGACAUUAUAACCCGGUGUUCGGCUGCGGCCUCCACGGGGCGUCUUCAGCCGCACAGGUGACCCACAGCCAGCUGCUGGAGGUCACAGGUACCAGAGAGGGGCCCUUCAGACACGGACACCUGCAGGCCUCACUGCAGGCUGCACACCUGGCUGUGAGAGGCUGGUGA